CAUACACCAACAACUAAUGCGCAAAACAUAGCCACACCUAUACACUCUCUCCAAGCCGAAGACAGCAACUUGGCACCCAUCAUGGAAGCCGCCGAUACAUUCACACUUUUGCCUCUGCAAAUGGACGAUGCCACAGGUACCGUCAGCGCAUCAGGUCCCGCAAACAACGCCCUCAACACCGAGCUCGCUGCCCUGAACGCACUUCACCGUGGCCUCCUCAAUGUUGAAACAUCCACAGGCACACCGCCACCGCCUGUCCCCGUCAAUCCCAAGCGCUCAGCACAGAUUGGCAAGCUGCGCGAAUCUGGUAACGCCGAAUUCCGCAAGGGCAACCCCGCCGCCGCUGUCAAGUUAUACACUCUCGCAAUCGACAUGGCGCUUCAACGUCCGCACUGGGAGCCAUCUGGCCUGGUGCGCGAGGAAGUUUCUGGCUUGCUGAGCAACCGCGCGCAGGCGAACAUGGCACAGCAAAACUGGGCCGAGGGCUCUGUAGACGCUGAGGCGAGCGUCGAGAUGAAAAGGGUCGGAAACGCUAAGGGCUGGUGGAGGAGAGGAAAGUGCUUGCUCGAGAUGGGCAGGCUGGAUGAGGCGGAGCAGUGGGUCAAGCAGGGUCUUGAGUUCGAAGCCACAGAGCAAGAUCUGGUACAGCUCAGAGAUCAGAUCGAGAGCAGAAGGAACGGUCAGAUUAGCGCGGUGUAGCUUGCGGGUCGAUGUUACGAUUGGAUGUCAACAGUCGGCGUAGUUGUGCAUUGUAAGGCGUCUGGCGCUUGUGGAUAUCCCAGAAGCAUGGAUUUGAUUUCAGGAAACUGUAUGCAUCAGCGGGCGAAACCCCUAGGUUAGUAGAGACAUCAAUCGUGAGUGAGGUAAAGGUUGUCAUUGCAAAUGGUCAACUGUUGAUCUCGCUUUCACCUCG